UGUGCUCAGAUAGCAGAGUGGCUACGUGUGUGUGUGUAUGUGUGUGCUCGGAGAGAGGGACGCGAUUAAAACUGGGACCUGCUGUCUGUAGAGUGGAUAACGGGACUCAUACCGAGCGACUACCAGCCCAGACACUGUGUAAUGAGAGACUCUGUAACAAAAGCUAUGGCUGGACCCAGGCCUGUGGUGCUUAGUGGCCCGUCCGGGGCAGGGAAGAGCACUCUGCUGAAGGAGCUCAUGAAGGAAUACGACAGUAUCUUUGGCUUCAGUGUCUCCCAUACAACAAGAAAUCCCCGACCUGGAGAAGAAAAUGGCAAAGACUACCAUUAUGUUACACGGGAUGUGAUGCAGAGAGGGAUUGACAACGGCGAUUUCAUUGAGACUGCAGAGUUUUCUGGGAACAUGUACGGGACGAGUAAAGCUGCUGUGCAAGAUGUCCAGGCCAAGAACCUCAUCUGUAUACUUGACAUCGACAUGCAGGGUGUGAGGAACAUCAAAACGACAGACCUCAAUCCCAUCUACAUCUCUAUCCAGCCGCCAUCCAUGGCAAUCCUGGAAAAACGUUUAAGAGACAGAAAAACAGAGUCAGAGGAGAACCUCCAGAAGCGUUUAAAUGCAGCCAAGGUGGACAUGGAGUUUAGUAAAGAGCCUGGUGUAUUUGAUACCAUAAUCGUCAAUGAUAAUUUGGAGGACGCUUAUGGGAAGUUAAAAGAAGCUCUUCUUGAGGAAAUCAAUAAGGUCAAGAAAAUCAACAUGUCUUCGUAGGAGACAGCAGCACCUUUUUUUUUUUUUUUUUUUUUUUUUUGUCCUGUCCAGCCACUCCUCACCAAAAGCGCAGACCUCCAUUCCAGUCGUGAACAUUCCCUCAGAUGGCGGUCUGUGAACCUCAGACAUCCCUUAGCGGAUACAUAUAUACGUAGGUUUUACAUGGUGUUUAGAGGUAGUUAUUACCAAAUGUUAACAUGCUGUAAAGUGGAACAUUUUUUUUACUGACAGGAAGUGGUUUCCAUUUAUUUUCAUUUGUAUAAUAUAAGAUACUCCAAUAAUGCUUACUUGAUAUGUGACUGGCAUGGUGUGCAGGGAUGUUCUGUUACUGAACACAGAUACACCGCUCGCAGCUUUGUCCUCUCACCAGCCUGGACUAAUACAAAUCGGGAGUAACAUAACUCAUUCCAUCGUGUGGAUUUUUCAAGCGUGUGACAAAGCAUGUUUCUGCAUAUCUUGGUUGGAGGCAACGAGUUAUGAUAUUCUUUUUGCCAUCUGUGUUGAUGGCGAAAUCCAUUUACAGAGACCGUGAAAUGUACUGAUGACAGACACAGUAAGUCUGAUGUCAGCACCAUUGCACACGUUUAGCUCAGGAGGGAAACCUCAUCAGCCCUACAACUGAUUUCUGGAUAACAUGGCGGCUGUUUACUUUCAAGGGGUACAUGCAAGUCAACUGUACUGUUGAUACAAUAAUAAAACUAUUCCAGUGCUGGUAAAUACUUUUUUCUUUUUCAGGUUUUUGUAAAUUGCCAUAGAAUGUGCUAACUCCAUUAAAGUUUGGUUUGCUGUAUAACUAUAUUUGCUGUUGUGCUCUAGUAGGAUUAAAUCCCAUGAUAGAGUAGCUUUUUUUUUAGGGUUAAAACAGAACAAUUUAACUGUUUUUUUUACAGUUGUAAAUUUAUGAAACUUUUAUAUUAUGUAACAUUUUGCAGCUUCACCUGUACAGUAAAAUGACAUUCAGCGGACUGUUUUGAUUCCUAAGUCAUUUUUAACUUUGAAGGAAAAAUAAAUUGCAUGUUUAACUUUUUUUAUAUUGCUUAGAAUGAAGCACACAAAUCUCCUUUUACUUGAAAACUGAGAGAAUAUUUAUGACCCAUCUGUAAUUUGGUAUGUGCUUUUUCAAAUUUUCAAAUUAAAGUCUCAACUUAAAUACAGUAAUUAAAUGUUACAUCAAACUCAAUGAGAUGCAUGCAGUCCUCUGGUUUGCCAUUUAACACUUAACCAGCUCUUAUAAUAAUAAUGUAUUUGUUGUGGAAAAAUGUAAUGUAUUCCUUAAGUACAUUAAACAUCCAGCAGUAAGACUAUGUUAUAUGUUAAACCUUAAAUAAAUAUGUUACAAUACAAUGCCGGAAGAAGAAUUAUUUGUAUGUGUGCAUAAAUAAAAGUUGUAAAAGAA